GCGCUUUAUUCAAAAAAAAAACAAUCACGUAUAUACUCAAAUGAAAUCAAUUUGUAUUCAUCACACAUUAAAAAUGAACAGAAACAGGUUUCCAUGCAUCAUACUUCUUAUUCACUUCACAGUAUUGAUCUCAGCACUAAUUCCCAAACCAUAUGAAUACAAUCAAACUACAACAAUACUGUGUAAUAUCGAUGAAACGCUUCAAUUCAUACAUGACUACCAUUCAUGUUUCAUUCUAAUGGAAUCACUGAAACGAUUCUAUGAACAUUUAACAAUCAAUAACCCACCAUCGUUAGCAUCGAAUGACAUCGCCAGCUGUUUUAUAACAUCACUGUCUGUGGAUAUAGAGCAGUCGUGUGAUGAGACGGAAAACAAACUUUGGCCAUAUGAUAUGAUGGAUGAGUCAUGUAAGUAGGAUAUCCACUCACUCACUCACUUCAAUCUCCUGCUCAUUCCAACUCAUCUUUUGAUUUGCAGACAUGGUGAACAUAACUGAUGGGAUAAUAGAAAUAUCUUCACAAGAGAUAUGGGGUACACUACAUGCUCUAGAGACGAUUCUUCAACUUGUCUACAGAAUUUCUAAGAUCUUAUUUCUAUUGACACUGGGCUGCACACAAUUCCGUUUUCGACAGAAGGUGAUUUAUCAAGGUGUUGUCAAUGAUGUACCGAUAUUUACACAUCGUGGAAUUAUGAUCGACACUGCUAGACAUUUUCUGAGUAUUUCUGAAAUUGAGAAGAUGAUAGAUGCAAUGUCAAUGGUUAAAAUGAAUACUCUCCAUUGGCAUGUGACAGAUGAUGAAUCCUUUCCAUACAGCUUUUUCUCAUAUCCAGAACUCUCUACAUGGGGUUCUUAUGAUGAUAAAUCUACAGUUUAUCUACCAGAUGAAGUUAAUGCUUUGCUGGAGUAUGCACGUUUAAGAGGUGUACGUGUAAUACCAGAAUUUCAAACACCAGCUCAUACAAUGCGAUGGAACCUACUCAAUAUCCCAUUACUCACUAGAUGUUUUAAAGGCGAUGAACCAGAUUUUGCCUAUGGUCCUAUGAAUCCAACUGAAAAUAUCACUUAUACCUUUCUAUCGAGAAUUUUCAAUGAAGUGUUGACUGCAUUUCCCGACAGUAUGAUUCAUCUAGGUGGUAGUGAUGUAUCUUACGACUGUUGGAAAUCCAAUCCUUUCAUUCGGAACUUUAUGAAUGACAACGGAUAUGGGGAUGACUACACAAAACUGGAGAGUUAUUAUUUUCAACGACUUAUGACCACUAUUCUAGGCGCGAAUUCAUCAGAAUGGACAACAUCACCAAUUGUUUGGCAAGAUGUAUUCGAGAAUGGAUUUCGUGAAGAAACUCCUGUUGUGAUUCACUUGUAUAAACCUGAUUGGGCACAAAUAUUGGAUGAAGUGACAAAAACCGGAUAUAGAGCUAUAUUGAGUUCAUGCUGGGAUUUGAGUGCAGUGGAACCUGGUGAUGAUUGGAAGAAAGUUUAUGAAUGCGACUUAAUUUCAUUUGAAGCUACAGAUGAACAGUUAAGCUUAAUAAUCGGAGGAGAAGCUCUGUUGUGGGGUCAAUACAUUGAUGAUGCCAACCUAUUCACUGAAACAUGGCCAUUAGCUGCAGCUGUUGCCGAACGUUUAUGGUCUCAAGAACAAUCUGAAACAGAUGAAUUCGCUCAACGUCUACAUCAGCUUCGAUGUCAAAUGCUGAAGAGAGGAUGGCCUGCUCAAGUAAUAACUGGACCUGGAUUCUGUUACCCGUAACUAGAAAAACCAUUGGUAUCUUCAUAAUGAAUGCACUUGUUAUAUUCCGUGUGUUAUAUCAAUUUACUGACUAUUUUUCUGUCAACAUCACUAUCUUUAUUCUGUGUAGUAACUUUUAUAAUACAUCAUUUU